AAAGAUUUUUUAAAAUCUGAUUGGUCAAUCAAAUGCUUCAAAGCAUUCAGAGCGUUUUCCCGACCGUAGCCUGCGCGUGCUCGAAUCUUGAAUGCUCGAAAGUGUCAAACAAUUCGUAACAGCUGAUGGCCGGAAUGUUAUGAUCUUAAUUAAAGCAGGAUCAACAUUGACCAGAAAAAAUCAAAAAAGAGGAAGAAGAUCUCUUAUUAUACACGAAAAACUUUGCCAUAUGAAGUAGUUACAUAUUUUGAUGCAGGAAGUUUUUUUAUUUCAUAGAGUUCUCUCAAAUCUUCUGACGUGAUAAAAAUGGGUUCAAUGAAUUUUGCUCUCUUUCUUUAUAUUUUAUUCAUCGCAAGAACAAACGCAGAUGUAAUAGAACCCUAUGAUGUAGUGAUAGUAAUAUUGAGUCAAAAGGAACAUUAUCAUACAGAUCUUGCUGUUUAUUUACGAGACCGCAUCUAUGAUCAAGCUGAUGCUCUUAGAAAAGAAUCACCAAGAAUUGUAUUAUCUCAUCAGCUUAACAUCAAAGGUUCUUGGACAAUAACUCCAUUAUUGCCUUAUUUGUCAAAUAAUUUUCCAACUGCAAAAUGGUUUUUCUUUUGUAUGGAAAAUAUAGUGAUUCGAUUAAAAAAGUUGUUAGAUGUGUUUGAAAAAUUCAAUGCAUCUGAGAAUAUAUGGAUUGGAAAUGCACUUUUUGAUCAGCAUCCUACUAUUAUUCAUCACUUUGCAAGGAGUAAGAUAUAUAGAUAUCCACAUAUUGUAACUGGAUUUGGUAUGACUUCUAAGUUGUUAAAGAGUUUAUCUCAACAAAUCUCUGAUAGUAAAGGACCAAAGAUGGAUUUUUCUAUUGACGCACCAUAUGAAUUCGCAAGAUUCGUUUUAAAGAGUACAAAUGUGGAAUUGACACAUGUGUCUGAAAUAUGCAUUGCAUCUGUCUCUCAUUGUGCAACUUAUCCCCGAUUCUUUGAUUCUUGUAAUUCUUUUAUAUCUUCAAGAAAUGUAUAUUUUGCUGUUAAGACAUGCGCCAAACAUCAUGUAGAUAGAAUUCCAGUGAUUAAAAAUUCAUGGGCCAAGUACAAAAUACAUAUUGGAUAUUUCAGUGAUGCAGCCGAUAAAAAUUUACGGGAGGCAUAUAUUGUACCAAAUACUACUGAAGGACAUUGCGCCAAAACUUAUGAUAUUUUGCAGAGAGCGAACAUUAUAAUGAAAAAAUUUAAACAUGAUUGGCUUGUUAUCAGUGAUGAUGAUACUCUAUUCAACAUAGCACGUUUAUUACAUUUACUCACAUGCUACAAUCCCAAACGCUUAAUUGCUAUCGGCGAACGUUAUGGCUUUCGUAUGUGGGAUCGUCAUUACGGAUAUGAGUACUUAACUGGCGGUGCGGGAAUUGUGUUAUCAGCUCCUUUGGUUCGCGAAAUGUUAAGAUCGGACGUAUGUAAUUGCCCAUCUGCCACUACUCCUGAUGAUAUGUAUCUUUUUGGCCUCUGUUUAUCUCGACUUGGAGUGCAGCCUGUACAUUCUUUAAUGUUUCACCAGGCACGACCCGUGGAUUAUCCUGUCGCUUAUCUGGUAUCUCAGAAGCCUAUAUCGUUCCACAAAUUCUGGAUGGUUGAUCCUCUUAAAGAUAUAUAUGAUAAAUGGCUUGCACCAAAACAUAAAAUCGUAUCAAAUCGUAUAAAACCAACAUAUCUAGCAAAACAUACGGAAUUAUAACGUAAAACAUUUGUAUAAAAGUAAAAAUGUCUCAAAUUCACAAAUCAAAAUAUUGGAACAGAAAAAUUUAGCAAUUCUUUUAUCACAAGCAAUAGUUUUUGAGAUAUAAGUAUUUAAAGCUCUAGUACAUCACAGGAUAUUUUUACGCAAUCAUCUAUUUCUGAUAUGUAACGUAUAACAUUAAAUCAGCAUACAUAAAUAGGUGAAAUAUAGCUAGUAAUUUAGGAAGAUAACAUACAUACAUACAUAUACAUACACACACACACACACACACACACACACACA